AAGUCAAUUUGUCAUAUGUCAUGUCAAGUAGGUAUCUUGCUCUAUGAAUGUCAUAGUGAGGUUAUAUAUUACUCUAAAAUAAUUAUUAAUUUUAUUAUCUGAAUAAAACCUUACGUAAGAUUUGUAUUUCCAAGAAAAGUGAAUAAUAGUUACAAAGAUGUCUUUUCCUGAUAAACAACAACGAAAAAUAUGUUGGGAUUCUAGAGACAGAUACUGGGAAUGUUUAGACGAUCAAAAUAUAAAAGACAGUUCUCAAAAGCCUAAGGCAUGCGCUGAGUUUAGGAGAAUAUUUGAAAAAUCGUGCCCCCCAAAAUGGGUGACGCACUUUGAUAGAAAAAGAGAUUAUGAUUUAUUUAAACAAAAAAUGCAAAAAGAAGGUUUUGAACCGAUAAAAGACACUAAUUAAAUAUAUACUAAUCAUUCUGAUUAGAUGAUUGUAAAUAUAGUUCUUUAUUUAGUAAAUUAUUUUUAUUUAAA